AUGCCUCGACAUGCCUCUUACACAUCAUCAAAGAGCUAUCGAGCGGACGAUUGGGAAGACUGGGAAGACGACGAUGAUAUCACGCCCAUCGACAGCGCAGUCGAGCCUGGCCUCCUUGCUCCACCACCCACUCCAGCUUAUAUCCUCACAAGUGCGACCAAGCCUGUUAACGCCAGGAUAUCAGCAAGACGCUCAGCAGCCAAUCGUCCAGUAUCAAAGAAGCCGCUCAAGGCGCGAAACGCAAAGUUUGGUAUCAGGCUGAUCACGGACAUGCCUAUGAUGAGGCGGCAAUUCCAAGCAAAGUCACCCGCGAGGCGCGCCCCCAAGUUUGCGGAUGCCGCUGCCCUGAGAGCUCUGGAGGGAUCUCCGAACCCGCAAUCUGUUGAAAACUGGAAUUGGCUCAACACCAAUGACAGUGCCGAGCGCGGGGCUGCUUCUCCCCACCAGGCCGCUCGCUCACCUGCUGAGCAACUUUCGCCGGAAGACAGACCGAUUGUCAUUGGAAUUACUCUCCCCUCUGAUGAGGUGUCCAGCAGAGGAAUUGACCCCCUUACGGCAACUGUCAACAACAUCGAUACCCCCAGCGGCACGAAAAACCCGUUUCCCUUUACGUUUCAGACAAGCAAUGAUCGGGCCAAUGAGCGGGCUAUUGCACCUCAGGCGGAGCCUCGGCAGCUCCAGUCUGUCUGGUCUCCGGACACGCCCGAAACUGCGAGUUCGUUUAGCACGAUAAGAUACCCUUCCAGCGUUUACUCGCAAGCGUCCAUGGCACCAGUAAUGGGCCUUGGGCUGAGGGACAAUGAUGUUCCUCCUGUGCCAGCUGUCCCGGCCAAUUAUCAGGGGAUGACACCAGCGCCCCAACGCAUUGAACGCCUCAAGAGCGCCCAAGAGGAAGACGAAUCCGGGACGCCUUGUACACUCUUUGAGGAGGACGGUGUUACGCCUCUGAAAUCCCCCGCCAGCAAGCUGUCUGCUCUAACUCCUCAGAGCGUCCGUGGCUGGUGGGAUCACCACUUGGUCACGCCGUUUCUAGAUAGGACAAUGUCCUUUGCGAGCCGGCGGACCCAGUUGGAGUCACCCAUGGAGGAGAGAGGGCACCACCUGGCUCGGGCUACAGAAAAAGGAGACCAGAGCUCAUUGCUGACCCCCGAGCACGCAGCGAAUCGGCAACUCCUUGUUGACCGCGUCGCGGUGGGUUCGACGCCCACUAUCAAGAUCCCUACUCCCCGGCGGACGCCAUCGCCCCUGGGGCAGGUGUCUCGGGCUGAAGUUGUGCCUGAAGUCACGCGAGGUGCUUUGGAACGGGAUAGAUCAGCUUCUCGCGAGAGAGUGCAAGGCUUGGGCAUAACCAACUUUGCUACCACCUCUCCGCCUCCGGCUACGUCGUCGAAGAAGCAGGCGGGGGAUGGAGAUGCCAUCAAGUACCAAGCAGUCUUUCCACCCGACCAUCACUUGAAUAGCCAGUUUUCUCCGCGGGAGGCUCCCUUGGCUACCUCGACGACGUCACCAAAGGCCAGAGGAGGUGCGGCGUCGAACUCAUCACCAACCAGAGCAUAUCUGACUUUUGGAGCUGACCCCCACAGAGGCAGCUGGACAAGAGUCGGGUCCCUUGAUAUGGAGCGUGGUUACACGGAUUCGUUGCCUCCUCGGCCUGUGGGAGCAUCUCUUUCGCAUGCACACGCCGACAAACUGUCAGGCAAGGAGCACAAGAUUGAGGAAAAACGACAGCGGCACGAAAAUGCAGACAGGGCAGCAAGACGAGCCGGUGGCCUCUGGCGGGGCCGAGGUUGCAUACCCAAGAAGGGCUGCUUUGGCGACGCUGGGCCGGAGGGCCGCAAGAAGAGAAGAAUCUGGCUGUUGAUCAUUGCGCUUCUCCUACUUCUCAUCAUUGCUCUGGGCAUUGUGUUGGGCAUCGUUCUCAGCAGGCACCAUGGCUCUCACGGCAGCGAUACCCAAGCUCCUGGACAGGACCCGCCGUCCUCGAUAACUCCCUCGACGCCAUCCUCCCCGGAAGCGUCUUCGAUAUGGGUCAACCUCACAGACUAUCCUGCCAUGCCAACCGGUGUCUUGACGUUUGUGGGGCCCAACAACACCGUUGCCAAGAGUGACUGCACUGCGCCGACCACCCUCUGGAGCUGUUCUUUACCGAAAGAUGCCCAGGCGUCUGUGUCUCCAUUCAAGGCAAACCAGCCUACCAUGAUUUUCCAGAUCCAGUGGGACAACAGCACGGAGAGGGAUUGGAACGUUCCCAACGGCGCACCUCCGACGGCCAUCUCGAAAAGAGACGGAGGCAAAAACAGCUCUUCGAUUGAUGGAUUCAAGCCAGAUCCGAGUCCGCCGACUUUUGAGGAGAUGUGGUUCUUGGGCGAGACUACGGACAACAUCCAGUCGAGCCAAAAGGCAGGCGAGCCCACCCCCUUCUUCAUCAGCGUCCUCCCGUCUUUGAACGACACAAUCGACACGCCAUCUCUGAGUCGGCGUGCCACCGCUUCAGCCAUCAACAUUUCGGACAUCAUCUUCCCGCCAGAUCUGCAGGCGGACGGCACUCCUGCGCCUGCCGUGAUGCUGCCCACUCCAGUCCAGCAGCCGGUUCGACUCUUUGACCGCGGCUUGCCGACCGAACAUUACGGAUUCUACACAUAUUUCCAACGAACCAUCUUCCUCAAGUCCGUCACUGUUGUCAACGACUCGAGCCAGGGAAACGUGCCCGCGGACGAGGAUGGCGGCUGUAGCGAGACCGAGGCCAAUCACCUGGUGACGUGGGCCGAGACACGCAUGCUUGUGCAGAUCUGGACGCGGAAGCUGAACAGCACGGCGUCGUUGCUGGAGGGCGACGACGACGAGCGUGUUGGCGACUCGACGGAGCUGAUCAAGCCGGGGACGAUGCCGUAUCCGGUGACUGUGACUCUGGACACGCACGGUGGCGAUCCCGACCACAAGGUGGUGUGGGAGUGGCCCAUGGAUGACCGCCAGAAGCUGAAUACGAGCGCGCCUGAGCUGUUGGUGAACAAGAUGGACGUUGGGGGGACGUGGAUCAAUCAUCGGGGCAGCGGGAAUGCCAAGUUUGGAGGGUUUGAUGGAGGGACUGGGGGGUGCAAGUGUCAGUGGACAAGCCGGAGGCGCCUGGUGACGCUCGCCAUCGAAACCUCCUGCGACGACACAGCCGUGGCAGUCCUCUCCAAGUCGUCCACAACCGGCAAGACACGCCUCCUCUUCAACGAGCGCAUCUCAUCUGACAACCGCGCCUUUCAGGGCAUCAACCCCAUGGUUACGGUGCAGGGGCAUAAUGCUUCGCUGGCGCCUUUGGUGGAGAAGGCGUUGGGGGCUUUGCAGCGGUAUGAAGGAGAUGAUGAUGAGGAUGAUGAUAUGAGAACUGGAAUGAAGAAGGUGGUGCCGGAUUUCGUCUGCGCGACGAGAGGACCGGGCAUCAUGGCGAAUCUAUCGGUGGGAUUAAACGUCGCAAAGGGGCUGGCGCUUGCUUGGGGGGUUCCCUUUGUGGGCGUUCAUCAUAUGCAGGCUCAUGCGUUGACGCCUCGUCUCGUCGACGCCUUGAAGUCAUCAUCAUCAUCAUCAUCAUCCUCCUCCUCCUCCUCCUCAUCACCAUCCCCAUCCUUCCCCUUCCUCUCCCUCCUCGUCUCCGGCGGCCACACCCAACUCAUCCUCUCCACAUCCCUCACCUCCCACAAACUCCUCGCCUCCACCGCCGACGUCGCCAUCGGCAACCUCCUCGACCAAACCGCCCGCGUCAUCCUCCCUCCUUCCGUCCUCGCCUCCAGCCCAGACGUCAGCUACGGCCGCCUCCUCGAAGCAUUCGCCUUCCCUCCCGGCCGCCCCGCAGAGAGAAGCACAAACAACGACGACGACGACAGCAACAAUGUUGCUGAGUAUGAAGCCUUCUUUCAGCCGGCAAAGUCUAGAGGCGACGAGAUCAAAGACGUGGAAACUGGGUUUGGGUGGACGGUGCCGGUGCCGUUGAAGGGUUCGCGGAAGUUGGUGUAUUCGUUUUCGAGCAUAUACACGCAUGUGCAUAACAUUGCUGCUGCUGCUGCUGCUGCUGCUUCAUCAAACACUCAAACAAACAAUGACAGCCAUGCCGAACGCAGGGCGCUCGCCCGUCACACCCUCCGAGCAGCCUUUCAGCACCUCGCAAGCCGCCUCAUCCUCGCCCUGCAAGACUCGCCUUUUCUCCAGCCAUCAUCAUCAUCAUCAUCAUCAUCAUCAUCAGGAGGAGGAGGAGCAUCAGCAUCAUCGUCGUCCUGUCCCAUCAAGACCCUCGUCGUAGCAGGCGGCGUAGCAAGCAACCGCUUCCUCAUGCACGUCCUCCGCACGACCCUCGCCGCGCGCGGCUUCCCCGACAUACGCAUCGUCGCGCCGCCGCUGGAGCUGUGCACCGACAACGCUGCCAUGAUUGCCUGGGCGGGCAUGGAGAUGUUUGAGGACGGCUGGCGGAGCGAGCUCUCCGUGAGGCCGAUUGGGAGGUGGCCGAUGGAUCCGGAUGUGGGAGGCGGCAUCUUGGGGGCUGGCGGGUGGGUGAGACGUGUGAAGGGGUGA